GAGCGUAGAGGCGGCGGCAAAAUGGCGGCGCCUGAGGAGCAGGAUCUAAGUCAGGAGCAGACCGAGAAGCUGCUGCAAUUUCAGGGACAUGUGUGUACUGUAACAGUCAGCAGUGUGUAAAUGAUUCUUGUGAGGACUGAUUCUGGAAUAAGGCUGCCUGGAUCCAAGUUCUACCUUCUCCAGUUACUAACCUUCAGCUCUGGGAUCUGACUGGCAUAGAGUCCAUGGAGCAGUGUCGCCUUGCUUUGGAGCAGCAUAACUGGAACAUGGAGGCUGCAGUCCAGGACAGACUGAAUGAGCAAGAGGGUGUACCGAGUGUUUUCAAUCCACCUCCAUCCCGACCCCUACAGGUUAAUACAGCUGAUCACAGGAUCUACAGCUAUGUUGUCUCAAGACCACAACCAAGGGGGCUGCUUGGAUGGGGUUAUUACUUGAUAAUGCUUCCAUUCCGGUUUACCUAUUACACAAUACUUGAUAUAUUUAGGUUUGCUCUUCGUUUUAUACGGCCUGACCCUCGCAGCCGGGUCACUGACCCUGUUGGGGACAUUGUUUCAUUUAUGCACUCUUUUGAAGAGAAAUAUGGGAGGGCACACCCUGUCUUCUACCAGGGAACGUACAGCCAGGCACUUAACGAUGCCAAGCGGGAACUUCGGUUUCUUUUGGUUUAUCUUCAUGGAGAUGAUCACCAGGACUCCGAUGAGUUCUGCCGCAACACACUCUGUGCACCUGAAGUUGUCUCACUAAUAAACAGCAGGAUGCUUUUUUGGGCUUGUUCUACAAACAAACCUGAGGGGUACAGGGUUUCACAGGCUUUACGAGAGAAUACCUACCCUUUCCUGGCUAUGAUUAUGUUGAAAGAUCGCCGUAUGACUGUAGUGGGACGGCUAGAAGGCCUCAUUCAACCUGAUGACCUCAUCAACCAGCUGACAUUUAUUAUGGAUGCAAACCAGACUUACCUGGUAUCAGAACGCCUAGAAAGAUCUGUCCGUAGGGAAGAAAGGAACCAGACCCAAGUGCUGAGACAACAACAAGAUGAAGCCUACCUGGCUUCUCUCAGGGCAGACCAGGAGAAAGAAAGGAAAAAGAGAGAGGAACGAGAGAGGAAACGCCGAAAGGAGGAGGAGGUGCAGCAGCAGAAGCUGGCAGAGGAGAAGAGGCGGCAGAACUUACAGGAGGAAAAGGAAAGAAAGUUGGAAUGCCUGCCUCCUGAGCCAUCCCCAGAUGACCCUGAAAGUGUCAAGAUCAUUUUCAAGUUACCCAAUGAUACCAGAGUAGAGAGACGGUUCCAUUUUUCACAGUCUCUAACAGUCAUCCAUGACUUCUUAUUCUCCUUGAAGGAAAGCCCUGAGAAGUUUCAGAUUGAAGCCAAUUUCCCAAGACGGGUCCUGCCAUGUGUCCCUUCAGAGGAAUGGCCCACCCCUCCCACACUGCAGGAGGCAGGACUUGGCCACACAGAAGUUCUCUUUGUUCAGGACCUGACAGACGAAUGACACUUUUCUGCCUCCUCCCUCCCACCCCGAUCCCUAAAAGAAAUGGAAAAACAAAGAGAACAAGAGAUAAAUUCAUAUUAUUAUUAUUAUAAUACAAUAUUUUUUUUAAGAAAACUGCUGCAUCCUAAGGAAGGAUCAGAAGCCAUGCUGCCUGCAAAAGUCACAACCUAUGUGCGUGUGCAAGGUCAGCAGUGAACAUACCUGCUCGGCAGACUCGCCUUCCCGCAGCCUCACCACACACCUUCCAGAGAAGAGACUUCUCCCUCAACCCAUCCAUUGUCCCGAGUAGGGAAGGAGACAUUCCCACGGUCUCUCAUUCAUUCUUGCUUUUAUAGAAAACACAGAUGGAAACCUCCACCAACCAGCUACAGCAGCAUCUCCUGAGGACGAGGGGAAGCGAGGAUGGAACAGACUGCCCACAGUUUGCGAAUAACUCUGUUUCUGUUUGUUUUGUAAUGAUAAUGACCAAAGGAAUGGGGCUGACUUAGGUGUAUUUUUUUUCCUUGAAUUUAUUUGGUAAAGAGCCAAUGCCCUGGGUUCCUUAGCCCAAGGUAGUGUAAUAAAGGUGCCCUGGGCUACCUUGCGCUUA